AUGGCUGAAGUUGCCGACAAAGGUGGGGGAGAUAUAAAACAUGUGGAGGACAUACUAAAGUCGACCGAAAAAGAUGACGUGAAGUUUAGAUUGUUGGUCGGCUUGAUCAAAGCAGACCAGGUGUCGAACAAAGAUGUCGUCAACACUGUGUUACACUUGCUUGUUGGUGGAGAAUUUGAAAUAGAAACAAACUUUAUUAUUCAGGAAUCACAGAAUGUGUUUUUCAUGCUUGAAGUUCUCAAAGCUUGUCCUCCAACACUUCAGGCAGAAAUAUGGAGUGUAUUCACAGCAAUGUUAAAGAAAAGUCGUAGAAACUUGAAUGCUUGUACAGAAGUGGGACUUAUUGAGCAUGUACUUUGCAUGUUGGAGAAUACUGAUGAUGUUGUUGCAGAUCUCUUAGUGGAAAUGCUGGGUGUAUUAGCAAGUUACAGUAUUACAGUGAAAGAGUUACGGAUGCUUUUUGCAUUAUUAAAAGCAAAAGAUGGCCAAUGGACUAGAAAUUCUGUGAAGCUAUUGUCAGUUCUACGACAGAUGCCACAGCGACACGGCCCUGAUGAAUUUUUCAGUUUCCCUGGAAAAAAAGGAUCUUUCAUUUCACUUCCACCCAUUCGAACAUGGCCGUAUCAAAAUGGCUGGGCCUUUUCUUGUUGGAUCCGAUUGGAUCCAGUCACAGGUGUUACUGUGGAAAAAGAAAAACCAUAUCUCUACUGUUUCCGUACAAGUAAAGGAGUUGGAUACUCUGCCCAUUUUUUGGGCAGUUCACUAGUCAUCACCUCAAUGAAAAUCAAAGGGAAAGGAUUUCAACAUUGUGUGAAAUAUGAAUUUUCACCAAGAAAGUGGUACAUGGUCACCAUUUGCCAUGUAUAUUAUCGCUGGAGCCGUUCAGAACUACGUUGUUAUGUUGAUGGAGAACUGGUGUCAUUUACUGACAUGUCUUGGUUGGUUAGCACAAAUGAUGUGAGUAAAAACUAA